AUGUCGAAUCAGAAAGAGAAAUCAGCAAAGCAGUACGACGCAAUGAGCGACAAAAGUGAACUCGAUGAGUCUUUGGAUGUGCCGCCUCCAUAUGAACUUCAUUCAUCUGGCACAGUCCUCGCGAGCUCUGCUGCCGUCAAUGAACAUGGAUCCUUGGAUAUUACGUUCUCGUCUAUGGCCCCGGAAGAGGUCAACCGUCUCUUGCCUCCUCAGAAGCCACAUCAGCCAGAGUCUGCUGCAGAGUCCUCAGCUACUCCGCAACAACCUUGUCCCAGGCUCACUGUCGUAAUCCAGGUCGUGGGAAGUCGAGGCGAUGUGCAACCCUUUAUCGCCCUUGGUGUUGCUCUCAAACGGUAUGGCCAUCGAGUCAGACUUGCCACUCAUGAUACAUUUGCCGACUUUGUUCGGUCAUCUGGCCUUGAGUUUUACCCGAUCGGAGGAGAUCCUGAAGAUCUUAUGGCUUACAUGGUCCAGAACCCAGGGCUCAUCCCAUCAAUGCAGAGUCUCCGUGGCGGUGAUAUCGGACGCAAGCGUGUUAUGAUUCGUGAAAUGCUUAGGGGCUGUUGGAAGUCUUGUGUUGAACCCGAUCCUAUCUCAUCCCAAGCAUUUGUCGCCGAUGCCAUCAUUGCAAACCCGCCGAGUUUCGCCCAUGUUCACUGCGCUGAGGCUUUGGGUAUUCCGCUUCACAUCAUGUUCACGAUGCCCUGGACGGCAACGCGAGCAUUCCCACAUCCAUUGGCAAACGUCCAGUCACAAAACAUGGACCCGAAGGCAUCCAACUAUCUCAGCUAUGGUGUCGUUGACUUGAUGACCUGGCAAGGCCUGGGAGAUGUGAUAAACGCAUGGAGAGCCAAAGACCUGGAGCUAGAGCGACUUCCCGCUGCCGUUGGACCAGACAUUGUCGAGAUUAUGAAGAUUCCCCAUACCUACUGCUGGUCACCAGCUCUUGUCCCGAAACCAGCCGAUUGGGGUGACAAUAUUGACAUAUCUGGUUUCUUCUUGCGCGAUGAGCCUUCUUAUACGCCAUCCAGCGAUCUUGAACAGUUCCUAUCCAAUGGCUCUCAACCAGUUUACAUCGGAUUCGGCAGUAUUGUCAUUGAAGACCCGACGGAAAUGACAAGAAUUAUCAAAGAGGCCUGUCAACGGGCUGGAGUCAGAGUCAUUAUAUCGAGAGGCUGGAGCAAACUUGGGGGUACUGAGUCUAGCACCGACUCAGUAUUUUACUUGGGAGAUUGCCCUCAUGAAUGGCUUUUCAAGCGUGUUGCCGCUGUUGUUCACCACGGCGGAGCAGGUACUACCGCAUGCGGUCUUAUCAACGGAAGACCAACGACUAUUGUCCCAUUCUUCGGCGAUCAACCUUUCUGGGGAGGUGUUGUCGCAUCCAACGGAGCAGGGCCACUUCCCAUUGCAUACCGCAGCCUCUCCGUUGAUAACCUGAGCGAGGCUAUCAAGUUUUGUCUUAGCCCUGAAGCUCGAAACUCGGCAGAAAUUAUAGCAGCUCAGAUGCGUCAGGAGAAGGGCGUUGAAAAAGCUGUCAAUUCGUUCCAUCGACAUCUUCCUGUGGCUGAAAUGUCUUGCAAUCUUCUCGAACAGCGCGUUGCACGAUGGCAGUACAGUAAAGCUAAAAAGACUGACAGUAGUCCUAUUCGCGUAUCAGACGAAGCACUCCAGAUCCUCCUACAAUCCAAGAAGGUGAAGAUGGGAGACUUUAAGCUGCUUCGACCUAAGGACUAUCGUAUCGAGAACCAACGUUGGGAUCCUUUGACCGCCGGAGCUUCAUCAGUCCUGGGUACAAUGACUGAUUUCACAACCUCUCUGGGAGGCACCUUCAUCGAUCCUUUCAAAGAAAUGAAACGUGUUAAGCAAGACGGAUCGCAGACUUCUGUAGGGGCAGCAGCGGCGGUAGCAGCCGGCAAAGGAAUGCAGGGGAUGACAACGGCAGUGGUAAAAGGGAGUUUGGUCGAUUUCCCUUUGGCUUUGGCCGAUGGGCUCAAGAACGUGCCUCGCCUGUACGGAGAGGAGGUUCGAGAUCAUGGUCCAGUGACUGAUUGGAAAAGCGGUGGUACAGUUGCCGCCAAGAAUUUUGGCUAUGGCUUCUAUGAAGGCCUUACAAAUAUUGUCACUAAACCCAUGAAAGGCGCCAAGGAAGAAGGAACCAUGGGUUUCAUGAAGGGACUUGGAAAAGGGACAGUCGAUAUUGUCACAAAGCCAGGCAGUGCCAUGUUUGGGUUGCUCGCUUAUCCGGCUCAGGGUAUUUACAAGAGUGCGAAGACUUACCAAAGGAGCAAUGUUGAAAGGGCAAUGGAAAGUGGCCGCGCUGAGACUUUAAAGGUUACGCAAUAUUCUAGUCCUCAAGGCCAGAACGAGCAGGUUGUAAGGAGGUUUCAGGAACUGAACACCUAA